GUCACUUCCGGGUAGCUCGUCAAUUUCCGGCAUAAUAAUAAAAGAUGUCUAUUGACAUUAUGCAUCUGGAAAGACGUCACUAUUUCUUAAUUUGUGUGUGUACGUUUAUUUUAAUUCUUAUAAUACCGGACUCAUCUUGUACAACACAUUGUGAUGAAAUAAAUUGCAGAGAAGGAGAAUGUAUAAAUGAUUCCUGUAUUUGUGAUAAAGGUUGGAAAGGCCCAGCUUGUCAGCACUGUACAGGAAGAGUAAGACUGACAGAUAAAGAAGGAAUUAUAUUUGAUGGGUAUGGUAAUUAUUCUGAGGACAAUAAAUGUACGUGGUUAAUAGCUCCCGAGAACAAUACCCAACCUAUACACCUACAACUUAAACAGUUCUCUACAGAGUGUGGAUGGGAUCACUUAUAUAUCUAUGAUGGAGACUCUACAUUCUCACCUUUACUCGUGGCAUUCAGUGGUUUAUUGAGACAGAAGAAUGAAGACGACACUGUUUUACCAGAAAUAACAACAACAUCAGGGAAUGCCUAUAUCUAUUUCUACAGUGAUGCAGCUUAUAAUAUGUCUGGUUUUAAUAUUACAUACAGGACUGGUGGUUGUGAAAAAGAUUGUUUACAGAAUGGACAGUGUAAAGUUAACAAGUGUGAAUGCUUUUCUGGUUUUACUGGAGACUAUUGUCAGACAGUCAUCUGCCCAAACAACUGUUCAGACAAAGGAGAAUGUAAAGGGAACCAGUGUAAAUGCUUCUCAGGAUAUACAGGAUCAGAUUGUUCACAGAAAUCGUAUUACGGAGUGUGGAGUACACUUGAUAUAAACACAACCAUUGGGGGCCGUGCGUCUGCUGCUGUGGCACAAGUUCAAGAUAAGCUUUACUUAACUGGAGGAUACACGUUUAACAACGAACUUCCUUUUCUAACAAGGUAUGACUUUAAUACUGACAGCUGGAAUACAAUAACACCUCUCUCAACAAACAAUCCUGAAAGUAGAUAUGGACACACACUAUUAGAAUAUCAGGGAAAACUAUAUAUGUUUGGUGGUGUUGUUGACAAGGACACUACAAAAGAAUUAUGGGUUUAUGACCUAACAAGUAACCUAUGGACUUUAAAGAAUUACAACUCCACCCCUCCAGUGGCCGUGGCUUCGCAUACAGCACAUGUAAUCAAUGGUGUCAUGUAUAUAUUGUUUGGUUACAGUCCUAUAUACGGAUACAAAAACAGAAUACAGGAAUAUUUUAUAGGUAAUGAUACAUGGAUUGUUCCAAGGACGUUUGGUUCUGUUGUGGAAGGUGGAUUUGGUCAUUCCAGUGUAUAUGAUCCACACUCAAAGCUCAUCUAUGUCUACGGUGGAUACCAUGCAGGAGAUACGUCUAGUGACCAACUCAGUGAUAAACUAUACAGCUUUGAUAUCAGGACAAGAUUCUGGAAAACUUUACCCAGAAAUGAACGACCUAGAUACUUACAUUCAGCAGUAUUAAUUGGUGGUUUAAUGUUAGUGUUUGGUGGGAAUACACAUAACGAUACAUCAAUCAGUCUUGGAGCUAAAUGUUACUCUCUAGACUUCUUAGCAUAUGAUACAGAAUGUAACAAGUGGUUAGAGGUAGAUGUGAAAGGACUACCUUCCAAUGGAGCCAGAUAUGGUCAUACAGCAGCUGUAUACAAAAGAAAUGGAAAGACUCAGAUGUACAUCAUUGGUGGGUUUAAUGGAAUGAUGCAGGACAACGUGAUGCUGUUUAGUCCGGGCGACUGUAACUACACUGAUCCAGAGUUCUGUACUAAUUCUACCCAGGGAUCAAUCUGUGUGUGGACAGACAGUCAGACUUGUAUAUCAAAGGAUGUCCUGGGCACUGCUCCUACAAACAGAUCAUGUUCAUCAACACCAGAUCAUAAUGAGUCAUGUAAAGAUGUAAAAGAUUGUAGAACUUGUACAUCGACAUGUCUAAGUUCCCAUGGUGAUUGUACUUGUCAGUGGUGUGAUAGUAAAUGUACUUACAAUUGUACAUUGACCCAGACAAAAAAUUGUACCACUCAAACUUCCAACCAAUUAGAUAGCUCCGUCUGCUCAGAUCAUAAACAUUGUCCAACCUGCAUGAGUUACGGUGAAUGUGAUUGGUCAGAUAAAUGUUCUCAUAUAAAGGAGGUGGACAGUUUAGAUUAUAAUACUACAAGACAAGUUAAGAAAUGUGAUCAGCCUUGUAUAGCACAUAAAAGUUGUGAGAACUGUACGUCCAAAGGAUGUAUGUGGUGUGGAAAUAAACAGUUGUGUGUACAAACUAAUUCAUAUGUGGCGUCAUUUAUAUAUGGUCAGUGUAUGGAGUGGACAACACAACAUAAUAAAUGUCCAGCCACCAGGUGUUCAGAUCUACACACUUGUGACGAGUGCCAAGCUAAUCCUAAGUGUGGAUGGUGUAAUGAUAAAAGUAAUACGGGUCUAGGGAAAUGUAUGGAAGGAGGUCUUCAAGGUCCUGUCAAUAACCAAUCACAGAUAGAUUAUGGGUCAUGUGACAAAAAUAGAUGGUUCUUCAUUGGUUGUCCUGAUUGUCAGUGUAAUGGUCACAGUGUCUGUUCAAACUCAACGGGGAAAACAGAAGUUUGUGUAGAAUGUAAAAACAUGACUGAAGGUGACAAUUGUGAACACUGUAAAGAAGGAUUUUACGGCGAUCCUGUCAAUGGAGGCAUUUGUAGACGAUGUGAUUGUAAUGAGCAGGCUGAUUCAUGUGACAGAGUAACAGGAAAAUGUAAUUGUAGAACACGAGGUGUGAUAGGUGAUAAAUGUGACAAGUGUGAUGAAUCUCAUAAAUAUUUUGGAGAUCCCAAAAAAGGAGGCACCUGCUUUUAUCACCUGGUUACAGAUUAUCAGUUUACUUUUAAUUUAUCAAAGAAAGAUGACAGAUUUUACACACAGAUCAAUUUUAUGAACAUACCACAAGCUUCUGACAGAGAUGUAGAUUUUAAAGUGAAUUGUUCUGGAGAAUCAUACCUUAAUAUCUCAGUCAGAACAAGAAAUAAUAGAGUAGAGAAGAUUUAUGAAGCAUAUCCAUGUACAUAUUUCCGUACCAAAUUUGAACAUGGUGACUUUUCAUUUGGAGAAAAAGAAAAUACAACAUUCCUAGUUUAUGUUUAUGGAUUUCAUACUCCUUUUUGGCUUCAGAUUUCAUUCUCACAGUUUCCAAAGAUUGAUUUAGUUCACUUCUUUGUAACAUUCUUUAGCUGUUUCCUAUCAUUACUUAUCAUAGCAGCAGUAUUAUAUAAAAUCAAACAUAAAUAUGAUUUAUACAGACGGAGACAGAGAAUGAUGGUUGAGAUGGAAGAAAUGGCAAGUCGACCUUUUGCCUCUGUUACCGUGGAGAUAGAUAGAAAAUUAGAUCUGGCAGAGAAGAAAGAAACUAAUUCUGUUGAUUUACGAAAGCGGAAAAAGGGAGGAACAAAACCAGUUGCUAUACAACCUUUGAGUGGACAUAAAGCAGCAAUUUUAUCAUUAAUAGUAUUAUUACCCACUGGUGGCGAAGAAGAUCUGGCACCCAGUGGUAGUUCUGGUGUGGCAAUAGCCAGUGCUUUAAUAACUAUGGGUCACCACAGAAAACAGAGUUUGGAACAUACGAAAGGAGAGAAAACCAAAUAUAAAAAGCCAUUUAGUUCCUCACAUACAGACCCUGUAUAGUACAUAUCAUUGUUUAUCGAUUCUAAUUCCAUGUAUUGUUUAUGUCUCCACUCCAUUCAUUGUCAUGUAUCAUAAUGUAUUUAGAUAAGUAUGUAGUAUAGAAGAGUUCAGUCCUAAUAUUUUUGUUAAGAAAAAAACGAUUGAACUAUUUGGUCAUGGAAAGUUUUAAUUAAUGGUGCUAAUUUGCAUAUCAUAUUUUAAAUAUUUACGCUGUAUUAAAGGCUGUAUAGAUAAAAUAUCAGCAUUCACAUUAGAAUGGUCUCAAUAUAUCAGUUGGCUUUUUUAUAUAGUUGACCUGUCUCAGGGAGAAUAAACCUUUGGCAUAAAGACUAUGUCUAUAGAUCUACCUACAAUAGUGCAGUAGAUUGUUUAUUGAGAUAUUUCAAAUUGCUUUAAGAAUAACAAAGUUAUAUUUUUUUUAAAUUAAACAUUUCUACCAGAGUUCAAUCUGAUUCUAAAAUUUUGUGUCCAUGCUUUGAUCAGUAAAAUCUGACAAUUUUGCUUUCUUAUUUCUAUCUUACAGACCUAUCAAGGUUUUCUGGUUUUGUUGUAAUGAUACACACCUUCAAAAAUUUGAAGGCUGAAAUUUCAUUGGCUGAUAGAAUAAUUUUCAGAAUGAAAAGUAGAAAAGAGUGUUUUCCAAUUAUUGUUAUCAAAGCAAGGACACAAGAUCUCUAUUUUUAUCAGAUGGACUAGAGAUUCAUAUUUUAAAAAAUCCAAUAUUUAUCACCACUAUAAACCAUGCUACCAGGUUAUUUAAUUAUUUAUUCAAACAAAACUUCAAUCUUUUAUAAAAUGAUAAUAUGAACAAUAGAAAGAAAAGUGUCAGUAUUUUUUUGUAUGAAAUAUUUAUUUUUGUAACAGUUUUAGGCUUUUUCAAAUCAAUGGCAUGGUCAAAAUAACUAAUUAAGACAUUUUCAUUAUUUGAAGAAAAAAAUUGACAUUUUAGUUGCAAAUAAAAUUCGACAUUAGCUGAAAAUAAAAUGCUUACAUUUUAGUUAAAAACAAGACAGUGUAGAUAAUAAGUUCAGAUGGCAUACAUACCAAAAUGGCCCCACUGGCAGAUUUGUACUUAUAUUUAUACAUGAACUCCUGUUGUGCUUACAAUAUCUGUGAUAUAAGAAUAUCUUGCUUGGCCGAGAUAAUUUGUAAAUAUAUUUGUAUAUAUAUACUUUCUGUAUGUGUUUAUUAAUACUUGUAUCCUCUUUUUGUGUAUUGUUUUUUUUGCAUUUGUAUGAUUUCCAACAAAAAAUUUCAACAAUGUGUAUGCUCCGCAUAUUUGUUUAUGGUGAAUGAACAAUUGACAAAAAAGGAUGUUAUCUUUAACCUAUUAGAUUGAAAAUCAUGAAAAUAGAUUUUGAGGUAGAAACUAUCUUUUUGAUUUAAUUUGAAUAUGAGAAAGUUUGUAAAGACCAUUUACAUCUAUUUCAUAUAUACAUGUUUUGAUAUGUUGAUUUUAAUAUGACGAAGAUCAACUGAAAAUGCAAUUAAAAAAAUACAAAAAGAGCUUUCCUACAAUUUGAAAUUUAUUACAUUUAAGAUCAUUCAAUUAAUAAUUAAAUAAUAGUUUCCAUAAUUUGGAGCAGUUUACUUUCUCUGGUAUAAGGAGAUAAGAAUCAUAGUUAAACCAUAUCUCGUACAAAAUCAAAAAUAAAGAAAUAGCAGUGAAAUUUAUUAGCAGCAAUACAUCAAUCAAAUAUUUAAUUGGUAUAGUUAAUAUGAAUAUUAUAGCAUAUAUAUAAUUUGUAUAAUUAGGAUCGUAUAAUGUGACGUACUGAACUUUAAUUUAUUGAUUUAUUUUCUUUGUGUUAACAUGUUGAACCUUGUUAUGUUAAACUGGGUUUCGAUUGUUGAAUGGUCAUUAAGAAACAAGGCUAAAGCACAAUGAUAUAAACUUGCCAACAAUACUUUAGAAUGUACUGUACUAACUCAAUAGUACAAAUUAAUCCGUGUUACCCUGCCAGAGUUAUUGUUGUAUGAAAUGAAUAGACCUAUAUACAGAUCCAAGUUGAACAAAAUAAGAUUCUGUCUGUCAGAACAAACAAUGUUGUUUAUUGUUAUAAUUUAAUGUUAUUUUUGUAUAUAUAUGUAAUAUUAAGUAUCCAUUGUCUUUCAAAUAAUAAUCACAUUGUCAAAUGAGGCAGUAUGAUAAGGCCUCUCUUUGACAUUUCUGCACUAAAGUGUCCAGAUUAUGUUAUCCAAUUCAUUUAUCAAUUAACAAAAUGUGUAAAGGCUUCAAGAAUUUUAAUAUUUUUGUAAAUUCAGGUGCAAAGUAUAGCUCUAAUCAUACUUGUUCCUUUUAUCAUGGUUGCAGUCAAUAUUGUAGCGGCUACAUAAUGCUACGAAGGUUUUGACUUUUGAACGUGUAUUUAGCCUAGCUGGUACAUAGAUAUUGAUAGCACCUAUGUAGCCGCUACGACAUGGAACACGACCCAUACAAACAUUUUUAUUCACAUUUAGUUUGCUUAAUAAUACUAACGAACUACUGUCUUUGUAUGACUCAGGUUUGAUGACUGACUUCCCAAACUUUAAUAUUAAAAUCAGAGGAUUGUCUUAAUUUUGCCUUCAUAACAAUUUUGUAAUGAAUUUUCAUCCCAGGUCAAUAUUAGGUCAAUGUCAUUGAAUCUGAAUUUUCAAUUUUAGCAUAUAAAUAUAAGUCAAAAAAGGGUUAUUGCUUCCAGUAGUAAUUUAGAUAAAUAAAAAAUAGAAGUUUUGUACAAUUUGUAUUUAGAUAGUUGAUGUGUAAGAGUAAUCAUACUUUUACACAAACAUCUUGUGAUGAAUAGAUUGUCCAAACAUUACAAAUUAUGUGAUCAUCCAUUACCUUUGGAACUAUAAUUUAAAGUGGGUCUCAUUGGGGUCUAAGCGUGACGCGGGAUUGCCAAUUUUUUGUAAGCGUGACACGUGAAAAUCAAAUUAUUGUCUCUGUAAAACAGGAAUUGAGGUCUAGCGGGAUCCGGGAAAUGACAAGAAAAUGAGAAUUGCUUACGUACAUAGUGUAAGCGGGAUACGGGAAUCUGACAAAACAGUAAGCGGGAUCCGGGAUCAGAACCCCCCAAUGAGACCCUCUUUAAAUAAAGGAAAGAAAUCUCAUAAAUUUUGCAUCCAAGACCAACUUUGUGUUUGUAUCUAUAAUCAUAAUAAAGGAAAGAGUUAUAACCAGCCAAACCACCAUAAUCUUGCCUAUAAUUUCUUGGGUUAACAACUUAAUUGUAUAUUCUAGUUUCUAAUUAUAUUGAAAUUAAUCUUUUUUAAAUUAAACAACACUGGGAAAAAAAUCAGUUGAGUUGAAUACAAGGAAUUAUUGGUGGAAUUCUGGUUAUAGACAUAAAAAUGAAAAGAUAAUACAUAAAAACCCAUUAAAUCCUUUUUAUGUAAUUCAGUACAUGAACUGAUGGCCGUGUCUGCCAUAUUUGACAAGAAUUAACCAAUUGUUUCACUUUUUAAUGAUAAUUUUAAAGCAAGAAAUCAAAAUGUACAUAACCUGUUAGUAUUUAAGUGUAGUUGAAUAAGAUGUUGUCAGUUGCAGACAGUUAACGAAGUCAACAAUAUUUAAUUUAAUAAAAUCACAGAAUCUAUGAAGUGUUGUUGUUUUCAUACAUGUAUACAUAUAUUGGCAUUUUUAGUUAACAAAGUUUGUUUCUCAUCACAUUGUUUUUGUUGUGAUUUUUGUCAAAUUGAUAAUCAGCAGUUCAAAUAUUUUUUAGGAACACUUAAUGAAAAUGAAUAUAUUUAAGGUAUAAAAAUAAACCGGCAGCAACAUAAAUUAUAUGGAGAAACACAAAUUAAACAAAAUAUCCACUAUUAUUAAAGUUAAAGACAUUGUUAGCAACUUCGGCUGUUGUCUGCUUUUUGGUCAGGUUGUUAUCUCUUUGACAUACUCCCCAUUUCCAUUCUCAACUUUAUUUAAAUUUGAUCACAAUAACGACUCUGUGAUCUUUCUGUUCAUCUUUUUGAUUUGAAUAAUCAGCCAUUGACUUGGCAAUACGUUAUUGUUUACAUUUAUUCAUUCCCAAGAAUGGCUAUAUUUCUGUAAUGUUAAAUGCUAGCAUUUGAUAAAUCAGAACUGCUAGCUAGUCCCAUAAGUCAGCAAUUUGUCCAUCAUAUUUUGAUUGAAAAGAUCUGAUGUUAACUAUGUUUUGAUAAAUAAUAAUGUAUAUAAUUGUAUAAAAAUGUGAAUUUAAUACAUGUACUAUUUUUUUUUUGGAAGAAAAAAAACUGUAAUUAUGUGAACAAUGAAUAAACAUGUGAUAAAAGUAU